CAGAGGUAAACAAAAGUAAAACGGCACUGUUGGGUGCAAGCAAAUUAAAUAAUCAUGUCCCACAAGUGUUUUAAGUGUUUCUAUAGUUUGAUUUACGGUUUAUUAAACUGUAGUUUGUUGUUCGAUUAAGUAAUUUUAUUAUAACUUUUAUUUUCAACUAUUUUUCAAAAUGGUCAUAUUGACUUACGAGCAGUACAAUGAAAUUCAACAAUUCAUUCAAAAAUUUCGCGGCCUAUCUAUUGACUGCAACAGGGAGCUGGUGAACAAUUUUCCUCAACAUAAUCCGGAUACACUGGGAAGCAUAUUGGCACGCGAAGUCCGCCAACGAUUGAAACAAUCGCACGCCAAAAUAAGUGCUCGUGCCGAUGGCCUACUGGCAGAUUAUAACAAGAAAGUAAAAACUACAGGAUCACUGGACGUGCUUUUGAAAAUGGCAGUAUCAUUACGGAUUCCCCCGCUUUCGCUGUGCCGAAUUAUUCUUUUGAAAAGAUUUCCUGAUACAACAAAAUCGGAAGUUUCGGAAAUGAUACGUAAUCCGGAUUUGAUAAAGGAUUCGUUAUUGGGUGCCAACGUAGGCUAUUGCAUGUACAACGAAAACAUGGAAGGUCCAAUUACAGAUACGAUUCGCCGAUGUAUUGGGGAGGAGUAUGAAGUCAAACUGAAACACAUGGCUCGAGAUGUCGGAUUGGUGUUUUACGACGAAGGAGAUUUGAGGAGAACUGGUUAUGAUAAGACGCCGGAUCUCAAAUUAGCGAUCCCAUGUCUUUACAAAGGGCGAGUGGUUAAUUGGAUCGAAAGUAAGGCGUCGUUCGGAGAUAUGGAGACACAUCUAGGAUACCUGCGGGAUCAACUGGUUAGCUAUGGGAACAGAUUUGGCAGCGGGAUUGUUAUCUAUUGGUUUGGAUACUUGGAUAUGAUUGCAGAUUGUGGAGAGAACGGAGAUUACAUUACAAUUGUCGAUAAUUUUCCAGCGCCCGAAGAGUUGGAAUUUCUGCGUUUCAAUAUACCUGAUGUAUAUAAAAAACGACUGGAGCAGGCGAAAAGUUAGCGUUUGUGAGCUAACUAUAAUUGUGAAAAGAUUUAAAGUUUAUUUAAAAUUUACAAUUAAAAGCGCUCAAAUAUCAUGAGA